CAUAGGGUACCAUAGCAUACUCUAGGGUGCCAUAGGGUCCCAUGGGUUACCGUAGGGUGCCAUAGGGUCCCAUGGGUUACCGUAGGGUGCCAUAGGGUGCCAUAGGGUGCUAUGGGGAGCUAUGGGGUGCUCUGGGGCGCUAUGGGGCUCCGUUGCCCGCAGUUCUCGGUGGUGCUGCACAAGCUGUUCUGCCGCCUGGCCAAGCCGUGCCCGGUGCAGGUGUGGGUGGGGGUCCCACCGCCCCCCGGGGCGCUGCUCCGCGCCGUCGCCGUCUACAAGAAGUCGGAGCACGUGGCCGAGGUGGUGCGGAGGUGCCCCCACCACGAGCGCUGCGGGGGGGGCAGCGACGGCCUGGCGCCCCCUCAGCACCUGAUCCGGGUGGAGGGGAACCCCCAGGCCCGUUACCAUGACGACGAGACCACCAAGAGGCACAGUGUGACCGUUCCCUAUGAGCCCCCCGAGGUGGGCUCGGACUGUACCACGGUGCUCUACAACUUCAUGUGCAACAGCUCGUGCAUGGGGGGCAUGAACCGGCGCCCCAUCCUCGCCAUCCUCACCCUCGAGGGGCCCGCGGGGCAGGUCCUGGGCCGCCGCUGUUUUGAGGUGCGGGUCUGUGCCUGCCCCGGCCGGGACCGGCGCAUCGAGGAGGAGAACCACCGCCGGAGGGGCGGCGCCGGGGGCGUGGCCAAGCGCGGUGAGGGGCGGGGCCACACCGUGUAUGCUCUGCCCCCCCCGGUUGAAGCCCCUGAGAGCUCCAAGAAGCGGGUGCUGAACCCCGACAAUGAGGAGUUCUCUCUGCUGGUCCGUGGUCGCCAUCGCUAUGAGAUGCUGAAGAAGAUCAAUGAUGCUCUGGAGGCCUAUGAGGGGGGGGCAGCACCGGAACGACCGGUCAAAGGUCGCCGCCCGCGGGGGGAGGGACUGCUGCCCCGCAGCGGGAAGAAGCUGCUGCUGAAGGGGGCGGGGCCAGACUCGGACUGACCACGCCCCCCCCGCCAUAGCCCCGCCCACCGCCGCGCUAAGCCCCGCCCACCCCGCCUCAAGCCGCUCCCCCUAUUGCCCUUAUUAGUCACGCCCCGGGGAGGGGGUUUAGCCCCGCCCACAACGUCUUGGCCACGCCCCCUUCGCCUUGGCCACGCCCUCCCCCGCGCUUGGCCACGCCCCCCCCGUGUCUUUUUAAGGGUCUUUUUAUACAUUAAAUGACUUUUGUACCGCC